AUGGACGGGUUCAGUCAAGCCGACCUCGGUCCCGAGAAUGCGGUCUCUUCUGGGGUGGGAUCCUCCAUUGGUCCCAUACCUCCGUCCUUUACUUAUACUGAGCCGCCCGAGGGUCAGAAUCCAUUCUACCAUAGCUUCCUGAGCCAUGGAUUCGAUCAACCAGUCACGUCUCAACCGGAACCCGUCAACCCAGUGCCGGAGGACUUCUUCGAGAGCAAGCCGCAGAUCCAUCAAGAUCUUCUGUAUGGUCCCAUCAGUGCAGCUCUAGCCUCCUCUUCCUCCAUGCCUGACUUCGGUUACAACUACCCAUCACCGCAAGUAUUACCACCCUACUAUCUAGAUCAAUCCUCAUCUCUUUCUGGUAAUCCGAUGGAUAUUAAUCAUCCCUUUAAUUACGCAACCUGGCAAUCUUCUGAUGUUGCAUCGCCGUUUGCUCAGAUCGCUGCCCAAACAAUGUUCAAUUCAAAUUGUGCGGCCGCAGCGGCAGCAGCGUUUUUUCCACAGUCAGGUUAGAUGAUGGAGGAGAUCAAUGUUGUGUUGUGAACGAAGUUGUCGUAUAUAAAUCAAGUCAAAUCAAAUCUUGGUUUAGAUCCCCGAUAUCCAAAUGUGACCCAUCCAACUUUUGGAAAUAAUUUGAAUCAGACUCCGACAUCCUCCUAUGAUCCAUAUACAACCAAUAGUCAAAAUAGCACCGUUCCCAGAAUCAAAUUCCUGGAGAAAACUGGAGCGUUGACGCAAGAAAAGAUGACCGAAUAUCUUCAAGAUCCAUUCAAAUACGAUUGUGUUGUUCAGAUAUUCCAUGCCAAAGUGGCCCAGAAGUCUUACGGUAAUGAGAAGCGGUAAGUACAAUCUUUUUUUAGAUUAAUUUUUGCAAACACAAGUUCUUGAAAUUUUUACAUUUCUAUGAACGCUCUUCCCCGAAGUUAUGCAUUACAAAGUUUUCGGAAAUCCCCGACCUCACUUAUGGACCAUUAGCUAAGUCCGCGAAAGUCUUUUGGAUUUGCAUUUCUCUUCCUUAAACAGCUGCUUGAGUAAGAAAGAUGAACUCGAGGACCUUUUUCUCGACAAAUAUGGGGUCUGUAAAGUGGAGUAAGUGUUCCUUAUGGAUUAUCCGGCCCGAACAUGCUCCGGUUACGCGAUCGUUUAACCCCCGUGUUUGAGGACCUGCUUGUUUGGACUUGAGCUCAUAACCAGCCGAAUUACUGUAGCUUACCGCAUUAGGAAAGCAUAUUCAAAAGCCUGGGAAAAUGCUAGAGAAAGACACCAAGAAUUUAAUUAUCGGCUACAGUAUGAGUACAGACAUCGAUUCCAAAUAUCGCUUUAGAAAUACCAAGAGCAAAUUGGAGUACUGUAAUUAAUUUUUUUAGAUUCUUUUGUCCUCCUCCAUGUGUUUAUCUUCUUGGAGAUGGAUGGAAAUUAAAGAAGUUAAAGCUCGAAGAGGCUUACAAAAAAUUCAAAGAGAAGGUGAAGAACGAAGAGAGUGCAAGAGAACGAGACAAGUUCAUGGAGAGCCAAUGCUCUGAACUCCGAGCUCAGAUCGGAAUCCAAGGCUCCAUCGAACAAGAGCCCCAACAUCUGGACUUCUCCAAUGGAAAGGUAAAGAAGUAAACCCCCCUCUUUCGACACUUUAUUUAUCCUUCAGGACUAUUGCGCGGCGAAGACUUUGUACAUAAGUGACUCCGAGAAGAGGAAAUACUUUAAUUUAUGCAUCCAGUUGAGUUACCUGAGUGGUCUGGACAUCGGAGUUUUCUCCUCGGAUCACAUCAAAGUCAUCUCAAAGCCCUCCAAGAAGAAACAGUCGAUGAAAAGUACCGAUUGUCAAUACUUAUGCAUCAGAUCGGGUACUCGGAUUGCAUUGUUUAAUCGACUCAGAAGUCAAACUGUCUCCACCAGAUAUCUACAUGUAGAAAAUGGGAAUUUCCAUGCAAGUUCUACCAAGUGGGGUGCUUUCUACAUCUAUCUGAGUAAGUUUAGACCAUAAAAUCCAUGUGUGAUUUUCCUACUGUAAUAGUAUAAUUUGUUCUGCUUGUUGAAUUCUGAAAUUAAUUACAGUAAAUAUAGAAAGGAAUCCCAGUGAAAUCGCCGAGUUCCAACCAAAAGAUGGGUUUGUUUACUAUGGGGCAGUGGUUAAAUUGGUCGACAGCACGACUGGAAUGGCCUUGCCUUGGCUGGUGGGUUUAGUAAUCACAUUUUUAUUUCCGUUUCUUUUAGAGAAUAAGAAAAGUAGACAAACAAAAUGUUAUUCUUGAUGCAACGACGUGUGAAGAGCCCGUUAGUCAGCUGCAUAAGUGUGCAUUUCAACUGUUGGAGAAUGAAUUGCUCUAUCUUUGUCUCUCCCAUGACAAAAUCCUUCAACAUCAGGCCGUUUACGUGGAUGCCUCGAGGCAUCAGAUCAGUGAUGGAGCUGCUUGGACCAUAAUCUCCACAGACAAGGUCGAGUAUAGAUUCUAUGAGGCCAUGGGACCAGUCUCUUCUCCAAUUUCCCCGGUCCCUUUGGUCUCCUCGAUGACUGUAGACCAGAAUCAGAAGUUGAAUGCCAUGAAUACAGAGACUACGGUUUAUUUGAGGGGUCAAUGGUUCACUCAACAACUCACUGUUUGGUUGGGAUCUAUCCCUUGUGAGACCAAAUUCAAGUAUGUUGUCAUCUACUAUAAAUGUUACCUUUUUCGGUUGAUUAUCUGCUAUAAUAUUGCUAUUUAGAAACUUUGAGUACCUUGAAUGCAAGAUUCCAAAACUCUCCGAUUUCCAAAAUCAAUGGCCAUUUCUGAACGGUGGCCGUCUUGAAGUCCCUCUGAAUUUGGUGAGAAAUGAUGGUGUAAUCUACAGUACCCGACAAACAUUCACUUAUGCGAGUAUAUUGGACAUUGAGAAUCAAUCAAGAUUUGUGGGACAGAACCAAAACCUGGCCAUGCUUCCGGGGAAUCCAGCUCCAAAAGCCCCAAAUACAUCAAGAUUUCAUCCUUAUGAAAGAAUAUAA